GGGAAUUCUGCGUUCAGUACAAUUUUCUGAAUGUGUCAGACAUUAGUUAACGGUUUCGAAACAAAUUCAAAAGCAGGAAGUGAAUAAUUAAAAAACUAUGGCUAUGCAAAAAGAAGAAGUUGUAAUAUCGGGUAUUGGAGGAGUAUUUCCUGAAUGCGACACGAUGGAAGAAUUAAAAGACUUACUAUUUAACAAAACCAAUGGAAUAACAAUCGAUUCAAGAAGAUGGAAACCAAAUGAACUUGGUGCUAUUGCUGGAACCGGAAAGCUGAAAAAUGUUGACAAAUUUGAUGCAACAUUUUUCAGUGCUCAUCCUAAACUAGCCGAAGCAAUGGACGCAAUGACAAGAAUCUACAUAGAACGUUCAAUUGAAGCGAUUUUCGAUGCAGGUUUGAGUCCAGCAGAUUUACAUGGGACAAAUACAGCAGUAUUUUCGGGUUCAGCUAUCAGUGAAACAGAAAUGUUUACAUUGGACUCAUCUAAAACUGCUGCUUUUUCAAUGUUAGGACGGAGUAGAACAAUGCAAGCAAAUCGCGUUUCAUACAUUCUUAAUUUAACAGGCCCCAGUUUCACAAUGGACGGAGGAUGGAUUUGUGGAUCAAAUGCUUUAGAAAAAGCCAAAGCAAUGAUUGAAAAUGGUUUCAUAUCAUCUGCAAUUGUUGGUGUUACUAAUUUGGCUCUUAGACCAGAAAUACAGUUCCAAUUCCAAGGAUUGAAUAGAUUGAAUCAAAGUUUUCAAACAAAAUCAUUCAGUGCUGAUGCUGAUGGCUAUAACAGAUCAGAAGCUUGUAUAGUCAUGUAUCUUCAAAAAGCAUCUGAAGCAAAACGUUCCUAUGGAACGUUAUUGAGUGUAAGAUCAGUACAGUUUGGAGACCACGAAGGUCAUAUAACUGAGCACAAUGGAAAUAACUUUAAGUCAUUACUUUUGGAUUCUUAUAAACAGGCUAAUAUAGAUCCAGCUUCUGUAGAAUACAUUGAAGCUUACGGAUCAGGAAUAAAGAGCGAAGAUGCUAUGGAACUAAAUAUUAUGGAAGAAGUGUUUUGUACUGAAAAGAGGAAGACACCUUUAAAAGUGGGUUCUAUUAAGAGCAACAUAGGCCAUUGUGAAGUUUCUGGUCACUUUAUUUCAAUUGUGAAAGCCAUCAUUAUAUUGGAAAGCGGUUAUAUACCACCCAAUAUAAAUUACUCGGAACCAAAUAAAAGUGUAUCAGCAUUAAAAAAUGGAAAAAUUCAAGUAGUUACUGAAAAAACUCCUUUCAAAAGUGACGUAAUCGGAGUCAGUUCUUUCGGAUUUUUAAAUUCAUUUAGUCAUAUUAUUCUAAAAAGAAAUAAUAAAGUAAAACAGAUAUUCAAACACAUAGGUAGUAAUGAUUAUAUACCAAGACUUAUAUUAUCUUCUGGACGAAAUGAAGAAAAUGUUAGAGCAACUGUAAAAAAGAUCAAAUAUCACGGAAAUGAUCUGGAAUAUUUAGCUUUAACCAAUGACGUGUUUAGUAGAAAUAUCAACGCUCAUUUCUUCAGAAGUUUUUCUAUUUUCCCCAAUAUAGACGAAUCACGAAUAGAUGAAGUUUGGAAUGUUAAUAUGAAGAAACGMCAAGUAUGGUUUAUAUUCUCCGGUAUGGGAUCACAAUGGCAAGGAAUGGGCACAGAUCUUAUGAAACUUCCAAUUUUUGCUGAUGCUAUAAACAAAUGCGAUAUUAUACUAAAACCACGAGGUAUUGAUAUCAAGAAUAUUUUAACCAGUCAAGAUCCGAAACUUUUUGACAACAUUCUCAAUUCAUUUGUUGGAAUUGCUGCGGUUCAGAUUGGACUUAUAGAAGUGUUGAGAGCAUUAGACAUUACACCCGAUGGGAUCAUAGGCCACUCGGUCGGGGAAUUAGGAUGUGCCUACGCAGAUGGUUGUUUUACGGCUGAAGAAAUGAUAUUGGCUGCUUACGCCCGAGGUCGAGCUUCACUAGAAACGGACUUUAUUCCUGGAAUGAUGGCCGCCAUCGGACUUGGAUAUGGCCAAAUUAAAGAUAAACUUCCUCAUGACAUUGACGUUGCUUGUCGUAAUAGUGCAACUAGCUGCACAAUAUCCGGUCCAGUUGAAAGCAUCAAUGAAUUCGUAUCACAAUUAAAAUCCGAAGGCGUCUUCGCAAAAUCCGUCAAUGUAGCUGGCAUAGCAUUUCAUAGUAGAUAUAUACAAUCCACUGGCCCUACACUUCUUAAAUAUUUAAAAGAUGUGAUCAAAGUACCAAAAAAAAGGUCUUCUAAAUGGGUAAGUAGUUCGUUGCCAGAAUCUGAAUGGGAGUCUGACCUCGCAACAUAUUCUUCUCCAGAAUAUCACACAAACAAUCUAUUGAGUAGUGUGUUAUUCGAAGACGUUUUAAAACACAUACCUAUUGACGCUAUCGUAAUUGAAAUUGCUCCGCAUGGUCUCCUCCAAGCAAUUUUAAAAGGAGCAUUACCAGAAACAGUGACCCAUAUAUCUCUAACAAAGAGGAUGUUUGGAGAUUCAAUUCGAUUUCUACUUACUGCAAUAGGAAAAAUGUAUACUAAUGGAGUUAAUCCGAAAAUCAACAAUAUUUAUCCAGAAGUUACAUUUCCUGUUAGUCGAGGUACUCCUUGUAUUCAAAGUUUACCUUUUUGGAACCAUAAUGAAMAAUGGACACCUGUUGUAACUACCAAUUCACAAAUGCAUGGAUUCUUUGGGGAAAAAACAACAUCAAUACUUAUUAAUGAUAGUAUUCAUCUAAUCGAGUACCAAAUCCAYGGUGUUCAUAUUAUACCAUUUGCUUAUAUUCUAAUACAAAUUUGGGAAAUGUUUGUUGAAAUUAAUUCUAAAACGUUUUCUGAAGAGUGUGUUCAGUUUGAUAAUCUAUGUUUUAAAAAUAAUAUCAAAGUUUAUCCAAAUAAUGCAGCUGAAGGUAAUAUAAUGAUUCAAUGGGGAUCUGGUAAUUUUGAAUACAAUUUAAAUAAUGAGAUCAUUUUUUCUGGUCAAAUAAGCUUCUCGAACAAUKUACAUUUAAACAUAGAAACAGCAAAAAYAAAAGCUUUAGAUAUAUCAUCUGAUGAAUUCCAAGAAUGUAUACUAGAAGAAGAAAUAUAUGCAGUCUUCGAAAACAACGGAUUCAACCUAGGAGACAAUUUCAAAAAUAUUACCAAAUUUAAUAUUUAUAAAGAUUAUAUCCAAGGGAAUAUUAAAUGGAAAAAUGAUUGGAUUUACUUUCUUGAUGGAUUAAUAAAAUUUCCUAUAUUAGAAAAUUUAGGUACAUGUCCAAUAGAAACUCCAAUUUCUAUUAGACAAAUUAGUAUUAACCCAAUGAURUUCAAAAAUAAUACCGAAAAAGAUGUAUGUGUAAAUUACAACACAACAACUAAAGAAAUAACAUGUGAUGGAAUAAAAAUAACAGGUGUAAAAAAUGGACAUUUAGCACUGUCAACAAUUAAUUCAGCAGUAGUCAAUUUACAAGAAGAGAUAUUUAUUCAAUUCAACUWCUCACGAUGCAAAAAUAUUAACGAAUUCAUCAACAACUCUAUUGAUAUAAUAACAGAUAAUUUCGAUAAAACCUCUGAAAAACUAGUUUUAUGUACUCCAUACCAUUUUGACGAUCAGAUAUCUAAAUUAUGUACAAAAACAAUCAAGCAAAUCUUUGAAAAUCAACUUUUAAUGAAUAAUGAAACGUUAAGCUGGCAUGACGUUGAGAAUGAACAAGUAAACGAUGAAUCUAGAAAGUUUAUCACGGUGACUAAUAUUAAUUACAUACAAGAUACGAUGAGAGCUUUAGUCAAUAUAAAGUAUAGUUACAUAAUAGUAUGUUCAACAAAAAAACUGCGAGACAUCAAAGAUUGGAAAAUAAUCACACAACAGCAAUUUGACAAUGACGUUAAUUUAGGAUUGUUUAAAAAAGUAAUGACUAUUGAGAAGAAUAUAAUAUCAAUAAAACCAACAAAUGAUGAUUACGAUUUGAGCAUUUGGAGAGCAUUAGACAAAUUUGUUUCAUCAAAAAGCAUGAUCUAUAUAAUUUCAAGAUCUGUGCCGUUAGAAGGCAUCAACACUCAUGUUAUAGAAAUGUUAAAAAAAUAUAAAUCAAAAAAAUUAAGAUUCGUAUUUAUUUUGGAUUCCAACGCACCAGAUUUUGACUCUCAUCAGUCAUUCUAUACAGAUCAACUAUCAAAAGAUUUAACAGUAAAUAUUUAUAAAAAUGGUGGUUGGGGUUCUUAUAAAAGAUUUGUUCUUCAAGAUUUAAAAGGUGAUGUUAAAGUCAACAAAAAUCYARUGBUUAAAAAUGUCUUUAUGGAUAUAAAAAAUAAAUUAGCAGUAAAAUAUCUAGGGCUGAAUUUUAAAGAUUUAGUUGUUGAAGAAAAUACAGAAAAUAAAUUUGGACCUCUGGAAUACUCAGGGUAUAUCGAUGAAAAAACCACCAUGGGAAUAACUUCACUCAAUGAAAUAUCUUCUGAAAUGAUUUAUGACCCRCUUUUGUCUUGGCCUGUACCAUCGACAUGGUCACUACAAGAUGCAACCACWRUUCCUCUGGCUUACGCCAYGGUGAUUACACUUUUAAUUAAUUAA